AUGGCGGCCGUGGUGGCGGCCGUGGAGGCGGGGGUGGUGGCGGUGGCGAGCGGGCGGAGCAGCAAGCUGGUGCGGGGCCUGUACUGGCGCCUCCGCGCGGGGGUCCGGCGGCUGCAGUCGGAGCGGCGCAGGUGGCGCGGCGGCGGCGCCAGGCGGGAGCGCUUCAGCAGCUUCCACUACGACGCGCUCAGCUACGCGCUCAACUUCGACGACGGCCGCCGCGCCGCCGACUUGGUCCUAGUAUGA